UGUUAACCUCCCCCCCAAAACAAACAAACAAACAAACACCCAACAUACCAAAGAGAACAAACAAAUUAAACAUCAGACAAUGGUAUCGGCUGUCAGCUCUCGACGCAAUUCAGGGAAUUUCUGCUGAAUUUUGAUCAUAAUCCAUGUCAUGAUUCAUAUACUAUGUGAUGCUAACAGCGCACGGGAAUUCACAGAUUAUACUGUGUCGGUACAGAGCUCCAAAAUGUCCAGGAACUACCACAGCGACCUGUAGCUGUUGUAUAUCUCGACCGCAGCAUGGAUAACCGCAGGCCGAGUUGCAUGCAUCUGAUGAGCGCAUUUGUGGCAGUGAUCGCCGUAUUCUCAGAGUUCUGUUCCAGAGUUGCUGCUGAAUCGGUAAAAGGAGAUGGUCAGCAGACCAACCAAGAGAAUGAGGCCAGUAAGAACGACACGUGCAUCUUUUACCACGAAUUGGGCUCUGACAAACAGUGCGAUUUCAUUCAGAAAACUGAGGAUUGCAAACCUGAGAAUGGCUUCAUCAACUACUUGGAAUUUACUUACUGUGCUUUUUCUCCCAAUCUUCAACCCCUUGCAUUGGUAAUACUGUUCGUGUGGCUUACUUUCUUGUUUGUUUGUCUCGGAGUGACAGCUAAGAACUUCUUUUGUCCGACACUGUUAACAAUUUCCAAGACACUGAAACUGAGUGAUAACGUUGCAGGGGUGACGUUCCUAGCUUUUGGUAAUGGUGCCCCCGAUGUGUUCAGCGCCAUAGCGGCUAUCACACACGCCAAAGAUGGAGACGCGGGCUUGGCUAUCGGAGCACUGUUUGGUGCCGCUGUGUUCAUCACUACCUUCGUUGCCGGCACUGUGUCCGCUCUUAAACCCUUUGAGGUGGCCCAGAUACCGUUCCUUCGAGACGCCAUCUUUGUAGUAGGCGUGGCCUACUGGACCUUCUACAUUUUGUAUACGGGCCAGAUAUUGACCGAAGAGGCCAUAGGUUUUAUUUUGCUGUACGUGUUUUACGUCUGCGUCGUGCUGAUAUCAAGAAAGUUCGAGAGGCCUGUUACCGUGACUACGCCAGUCGUAGACGGCGAAGGGUCCUACGCGCGUCUGGAAGACGGUCUGAGCGCUGAGUCCCAAGACGUGACUAGCAACAUCGACAAGCCAACCGAAAACCCUCAAAACGACAAGCCCCACCCGGCAUCGAAAGUCGACGAAAAACCAACAGAAUGUACAGAUACGGACAACAAAGCGGAAACGGGAGAAACAAACCAAGACGUACCAAAAGACGUCCAGGCCGAAAACGUACCCGAAAAAGAAGUCAUGGAGGAAAUUUUAAAGCCCUCGGCAGACCGCAAAGGGCCACCAAAACCCGCCGAGACUUGCUCGGACGAGCUGGAAGCCAGGACUACUGACAAUCAACAGCGUGCAACUAAGCGGACAAACUUUGGGACGAUGGAUCUCGGUGAAAAACAAGUAGAAGUCCAGGACAAUAAUGUGACUCACUCCACUGAAAUGGUCGCUGCGAAGACCGAAGAAUUCACGGGCGGGAACUCUGAGGAGGAGCCGCUGCUUCCUCGGACGAAGAAACCAGGCAGCUUGGGAUACCAAUUGAGGGCGCUGUUUAGAGACAUCAACCCCAUCGACGUAGAAGGAUGGAAGAACAAGGGUUAUAUCAUGAGAAUCUUUGAAAUCUAUAAGUCUCCGAUUCAACUGUUGCUGCAAAUCUCAGUCCCCCUUGUCCUUCACGACAAGUGUAGCUGGAAUCGCCUUCUCAACUGCAUCCAACUACUUAUUGGACCAGUCUGGUGCGUCCUCAUCACAAACAUUUACGGGACGGUCAUAUCGGGUGAGUUCUAUCUGUGGCAUCUGGUGUUGUGUUUUGGAGCUGUGCUAGCCAUCCUCGCCUUACUCACAUCCAAACCAAGCCAGCCUCCGGUCUACUACAUAGCGUUUGCAUUUCUCGGUUUUGUUAUUUCCGUGUGUUGGAUCUAUGCCAUCGCGAACGAAAUUGUCAAUCUUUUAAGAAUGUAUGGUGAGGUGUUUGAUCUGAGUGACGCCAUCUUGGGCCUGACAUUUCUGGCAUGGGGCAACUGUAUAGGAGACCUGGUGGCCGACACAGCUAUGGCCCAACAGGGAGCCCCAAAGAUGGCCAUCUCCGCUUGUUUUGGAGGUCCUGUAUUCAAUAUGUUGAUUGGGAUAGGAGUUGCAACCACCAUUGCGACUGCAGAGAACGGGGGAAUUUUUAAAUUAAAGACAGACACGCUGCAGUUCGUGUUGGCUGCCGGUCUAGGUAUCAGUCUCUUCACCUCCAUGUUCUUUAUGAUAGCAGCCAGGUUCCGGGCCACAAAAGUCUAUUCCGUUCUUCUGUACAUCUUUUACGCCGUGUUUAUGACUAUCGCCAUCUUGACGGAAAGCAAAGUCAUCAAGUGGUGAAAAUGGAAGUUAUGAGAUAUCUUCCAUGACUUUCGACUUUAACUCGAAAUAAAAGUUGUCUAAUAUUGUUUAUUUUAUACCGUUAAGAGACAUUUUGUCCUUGUCACUAGUUAGUAUUCAGCUUGGUUUUUUGUAAUUCAAGUAUUUUAAUCUUGCUUUAUAUUGUAAGAGAGCUGUUUGUUUUUACUGUAAUCUGGACCUUUUACUAUUAAACAUGACCCAACAAACUUCAGUCGUGGACACAUUAUGUAGAUGAAUCGCAGUAAACGGUAAGUAUUUAAGACGUUAUCUGAAUACCAUAGGACGCCCUCUUUUGUUUUAUAGCAGCCAGGUCCAAAUGGUUUUUGGUCCAAAUGGUUUUAAUGUCACUUAAAAAUUCUAUCAAAAACUCCCAUGAAAUCCUGUCUCAUGAAAUCAAUCAUAUAUUUGGUUCUUAUCCUCAUGCUUAUCCGACUUCCUUAUUUUCUGUACAACCUAGAAUUCCGUUUUUCAUUAAAUCGAAAUUGCAAGCUGCUCUGUAAAACAAUGAAGAUUUGCCUGACGUAACCAUGGAGAAAAACAAGUUGUCUAGAGGAGACUCAUUUUGACGAAUAUGACUACAAAUCUCCAAUUAUUACUUAUCACUAUCCGUGUUGUGUCCAUGCCCUGUAAUGUAUACAAAAAAAUUGAAGUAGUAAUUCCUGGAAUAAUUAGAUGGGCUGAUGCCUCUCUGGUGUGGUGUAAAAGAAAGACAAUAAACAAAUCCAACAAACAAGA